GAAACAAACAAAAGAGGAGAGGGAAAAAAAACGAAAUUCGGCGAUACGCGAUCGCAGUUAAAUCCAGAUACGAAAUACUAUACAUACGUGUACUUGAGAUAAUUAAACGCAGCUAUAAAAAGCCAAUUAAGCGAAAGCCAAACAGCACAGUGCAAGCAAAGCAGGCGAAGCGAUCAAAAUGUCGACGCAACAGCAACAAUUGGACUACAUGGAAAGAUAUCUGGUGUACGAUAUCUAUAAAUAUUUCGGCAAAGAUGCGGUCCUCGACUCGCACAGCAUCACGUGCUCCAAUGGGCUCGACGGCUUCAUGUCCGCGCUCUACACAGUGCAGCUGGACAUGAAAAUCGCCGGCAACGCCCGCCAGGAGCUGGUGCUGGUCAAGUUCAUGAAGGGCAGCCCCGAGUUCCGUGAGUCCAGCAAGUCCUACACCCAGUUCGCCAACGAGAUCUUUGUCUAUGCGGAGCUGCUGCCCGCCUAUGAGAAUUUGCUGCGCAGCAGCAAACUGAACACGGAUCUGGUCGAGCAGCUGGUGCCGCGCACCUAUUGCGCCAAGUUUGGACUGGUCGAGGGUUUGGGCACGGCCAAGGAGUCGGUGCUGGCGCUGCAGCACUUGAAGCCGUUGGGCUAUGAGCUGGGGCCGCGAUUGACGCUGCGCUCGGAUCAGCUGGAGGCCAUGUGCCGCAUACUGGGCCCAUAUCAUGCACUGGGCUAUGCCCUGCGCAUACUGGAGCCGCAUCUGCACGAGCGCCUGCGCGGCGAGCUCAUCACGUUGCCGUUUGUGUUCGAGGCGAAUGCACCCAAUCUCUAUGCGGUGCUUUAUCGCGUCGCCUUUGAUCGUUUCUAUGCGUUCUACGAUCGUUGCCGCGAUCAGCUGCUGCAGCCGCAGGAUGCGCGCUUCGCGGAGGCGCUGCAGCGACUGCGCGACAAAUACUUCGGGCAGCCCGUGGAGCUGCUGGAGCAUAUACGCAGCCACGCCUUGGAUGAGACGCAGCCGGAAUCGCAUUUCAGCACAUUCUUGCACGGUGACUUCAAUCGCAACAAUGUGCUCUUCCAUGAGAAUGAGGAGGGCAAAGUGGACGAGAUUCGCAUGAUUGAUUUCCAGGAGAUGCGCUACAGCACCACCGCCAUAGAUCUAAGCUUCUUUCUGUACAUGAACACGCCAGUCGCGGAGCGCGGCACAAUCUUUGCCCGGCUGUUGCGUCUAUACCAUCAGCAUAUGCACGAUACGCUGGAGCUGGUGCUGCAGCGCAAUCAUGAGACGCUGCCCGAGGAGAAAAUCAAUCAGCUGCUCAGCGAUUACAGCUACGAGCGCUUCGAGGCGCACUUUAAGCGCUACGCCUUCUACGGCGUCAUGAUCUGCAUGCACUUCAUGCCCUGGCUGCUGGGCAGCGAUGCCGACUGCGAUCGGCUAUCCAAGCUGUUCGAAACGGACAUGCACGGCGCCGAGUUUUACGAGCUGUCCAUGAACAUUGCCGGCGAUGCGGCCAAUCGCCAGAUACUCGAUGUGUUGCGUCACGCCUUCGAGCAGGGCUAUAUGGACUGGAUUUGAUUCCGAGUUGCAAUCAGCACAAAUUGUUCCACUUAUCAGCCUUGUCUCACAUGUUCCAUGCGCACUAUCAAACCCUGUUAUCAAUUUCCCCAAAAAUGGAUGCCAGCUCUGCAUUCUUAUCAAUUGGCUCCGUUCCGAAUUCCAUUCAUGUUAACAUUAAAUGUUAUGCAAGGCGCUGUGCCAACACUUUACAUUCCAAAAACGAGUGGAAUUGAAACGAAACAAAACUUAGUUUCGUUUAUUUAAAGAAACACGUGAAAAGUUCCAUUUAUAGUUUGGUUCCAUUCAAAAGAAACACUUGAAAGUUGAACAUAACUGUCUUUCAAUUAUUGUUAUGCGCCAGUUUUCAUUUCAUUUUAUAACAAAAACAAGUAAAAAUUGUUGUAUAUAAACGCCAAAUAAUGUUAAAGCUAAAUUUCAGAUUGUAUAAUUUGAACAAAAAGUGUUUUUGAAAUAAGUGAAAAUGGAACA